ACGUUUAUAUAUCCAUAGAAAGAGCUUAUCCACGUCGCUUCCACCUUUGUUUGAAGAAUUUCCAUCUUUUAACGCGGCUUAUACUACUCAUCAUGAAUCGAUCAUUGCUCCGUGCAGCUUCACGCCACCUCCAGUCGGCAAGCCACGUGCACAAGACGCCUACAGCUUCACUUAAUGCGCCAAUGCGCGGCUUCGCGACCGCCUUCAACUGGGAAGAUCCUCUGGCUGCAUCGGAGCUAUAUACGGAGGAGGAAUUGGCGAUUCAGGACACAGCGCGACAGUAUUGCCAAGAGCGCUUGUUACCCCGAGUUCUCGAUGCUUAUCGAAACGAGAACUAUGAUCGCAAAAUACUGGAAGAAAUGGGCGAACUGGGUCUUCUUGGCGCCAGCAUUGAGGGUUAUGGUUGUGCAGGUGCCAGCACUGUUGCGUCGGGCCUGAUCACGAAGGAGGUUGAACGGGUAGAUUCCGGAUACCGAUCAGGGAUGUCCGUGCAGAGCUCGCUGGCGAUGACGGCCAUCUACGAGUUUGGAACCCAGGAGCUAAAGGAUAGAUUUCUACCAGGGCUGGCCAAGGGAAAGAUUGCCGGUUGUUUUGGUCUUACAGAACCUAAUCAUGGCUCAGACCCUGGUUCUAUGGAAACGGUUGCACGAGAGCAUCCUACUAAGAAGGGCUAUUACUCGCUCUCCGGCACGAAGACUUGGAUUACUAACUCCCCCAUCUCCGAUAUCAUGAUAGUGUGGGCCAAACUGGAGAGCACAGGUAAGAUCCGCGGGUUUGUGGUGGAACGUGACCAAUGCCCUCCAGGCACCGUGGAGACUCCGGCUAUCAAGAAUAAGACUGCCUUACGGGCGUCUAUCACCGGUAUGAUUCAGUUGGACGACUGCCCGGUUCCAAAGGAGAAUAUGUUCCCCGAUGUUGAAGGUCUCACUGGGCCUUUCACCUGUCUUAACAGUGCUCGACUAGGAAUUGCCUUUGGAGCCAUGGGGGCUCUUGAGGACUGCCUUAGCCGCGCCCGGACCUAUGCCCUGGAGCGGAAGCAGUUCAAGGGCAACCCUCUGGCGAAGUAUCAAUUAAUCCAGAAGAAGUUGGCGGAUGCUGCCACAGAUGCUGCUUAUGGAACGCUGGCAGCGACCCAGGUUGCUAGACUCAAGGACGAAGGCAAAUCUACCCCUGAAAUGAUCUCCAUGGUCAAAAGACAGAACUGUGACCGCGCCCUGGCCAACUCUCGGAUACUUCAAGAAGUUUUCGGCGGAAAUGCAACCAGCGAUGAAUACCAUAUCGGCCGGCAUGUAGCCAACCUGUUUGUGGUGCAAACAUAUGAGGGGCAGAGCGACAUUCACGCAUUGAUUCUGGGGCGCGCCAUCACUGGAGUCCAGGCGUUUGUUUAGGACACUUGCCACUGUCAUCCUCGUAGAAUGGCUUGCGACUAAUUUGGAAACAGUAAUGUGUAUAAAUAUAGUAGUUGAACAGGUCGGGA